AUGACAGGAGGCGAAUCUAUAGAAGAGGUGGCUGAGAUCAUGAAGCAGACAACGGAAUUAUUGAAGGAAGGUCACUUCCAAAUCAGAAAGUGGUGCUCUAACGCAUCAGAGCUUUUAAAUGGAAUUUCUAGCCAGGAUAAGGAGAAGCUACUAAGGUUUCACGAUGGAACAGACUUCACAAAGACCCUUGGCUUGCUUUGGGAUCCCGCUUCAGAUCGAUUUCUCUUCUCUGUCUCGCCCGGAUCGACGUCACCUAGGCCAACGAAACGCUCUAUUCUGUCCAUCGUCGCUCGCUUUUAUGACCCCCUAGGAUUGGUUGGACCCAUCAUAACGAAGGCCAAAAUAUUUCUACAGCUCUUAUGGAAGGAGCAACUUCAUUGGGAUGAAAGCUUGCCGGCCUCGUUGGCAUCUGCUUGGAUCGCCUUCUAUGAUAGUUUGUCUAACUCUCCACGUUUCACCUUUCCGCGGCUAGUUGUACUUCCAGAUACUCAAGUUGAAGUCCAUGGAUUCUGCGACGCCAGUAUACUCGCAUAUGGUGCUUGCAUCUACAUUGUAUCAAGAGGAAAGGGAAUAACUCAAUCGCAGCUGCUGUGCUCAAGAUCUCGCGUGGCACCUCUUAAGGGUAUGACAGUUCCCAAGCUGGAGCUGUGCGGAGCAGAGUUGCUCGCUCAGCUUAUUAAUGAAGUAGCAGGCAUGAAAAUAUUCGCCGGAAGAUUCUAUUGUUGGUCCGACUCAACCACUGUUUUGUCGUGGAUUCGCAGCGAGCCCGCCCGGUUUACUGUCUUUGUAUCAAACAGAGUCGCCAGCAUUCAGAAGCUGACGUUGACUUACGCAGAUUGGCGCUACAUACCCACUAAAUUGAAUCCGGCAGACACAUUGUCAAGGGGAGCUCUUCCUUCGGAGCUCAUAGGCUCAAAACUAUGGUUUGAAGGGCCAGCCUUCCUAUCCAAGGAUCAAGCUUCAUGGCCAGUAUCUGUAAUUUCAAAGGAACCAUUACCAGAGCUUCGUAAACGAGUCUUCCUCGCAACAUGUCCAUUUGCGGAUCUAACGGAAGGACACAAAUUCGCAAACUCCUUCCACAAAUUACAGCGUUCUUUUGGAUACAUGUUUAAGUUUCAUCAGAGGACCAAAUCAAGCGGGUUGACAUUGGCCGAUUUAGUUGGAGGCACUCGAAUGCUUGUUCGGUCGAUCCAACAAGUGCACCUGUGGAGCGAUUUGAUAUGCAUAUCCGAAAAGGGCCAGGUUGCGCUGUCCAGCUCAACAUCGUCGCUCAAUCCAUUCGUUGAUGAAUUUGGGAUUCUGCGCGUCGGCGGAAGACUUAAGAACUCAACUCUGGACUUUAAUGCUCGUCAUCCUAUUAUACUUCCAAGGAGCCAUCCUGUCACAGUCGCUAUGAUCUUAUAUUUCCAUGAAAGGAAUCUCCACGCUGGACCUCGUGCGCUGCUUGCUAUAAUUCGUCAUCAGUACUGGCCGGUCGGCGGGCGCAAAUUAGUGGCAAGCGUAGUGAACAAAUGCAUCAGGUGUUUUAGGGCCAAGCCGCGUUUACUCCAGCACAUCAUGGCAGACCUCCCCAAGGAAAGAUUGGAUGACGGAUCGUACACUUUUAUGAUCACCGGAGAAGAUUUCUGUGGUCCCUUUUAUUACAAAAGCGAAGUGCGUACUCGGCCGCCAAUAAAAUGCUACAUCUGCGUGUUCAUCUGCUUCGCAACGAAGGCCAUACACCUGGAACUGGUGCAGGAUUUGUCUUCUCCUGCUUUUAUUAGCGCCCUUCAGCGGUUUAUUUCUACUAGAUGCCGGCCCAGAGAAAUAUGGUCUGACAAUGCGACUAAUUUCGUGGGAGCCAGUAACGAGCUUAAGCGUUUAAAGGAGUUGUUCAUGAGCGAUACGCAUCAGAAGGCAGUACAAGACUUCUGUGUAGCGGAUCAAAUCGAUUGGCGUUUUAUACCUCCUCGCUCUCCGCACUUUGGUGGGCUGUGGGAGGCCGCGAGCAUCCAGACGACUUGGAUGUACUGA